AUGUUGAUACAAUUUAUAUUGUUUAACAUGCAUUUCCAGAGUCAUUUGGAAGAGGUAAUAAUUGCCCUUACCAAUAUGGCGCCAAUUAUUUCCCCAAGCUAGAGCGGACAUUUCUUGCUGUGCUCCCCCUGUAAUUAUGUGACGGUCUUUGGCUAGCAGGGACUUGUGUAAUUUUACGACACUGGUUGUUCUCGAGUCAACAAGAACAGUCACAUCAAGAUUCAGCAGUCACAAGGAAGAAAGACACAAUGCUGUCUGCUCUCGUUGCUAAAAGACUGGUAAGUGGGGUAUGCCGGGAGUCAUUGAGACCAGCUGUGGUAGAACUAGUUACUACACGGGGUUACAAAGGAGAGGCACCUGAUGACUCUAGGGGUGACCUAAUUGAGAUCCCCCUGCCCCCCUGGACAGAGAAGGAUGGCGAGACCGCGGACAUCAAGAGACGGCGCCUGCUCUUCCAAAGCCGAAAGAGGGGCAUGCUGGAGAAUUGCAUAUUGCUCAGCCUGUUUGCCAAACAAUAUCUUAAUACAAUGAACGAGCCCCAGUUAAGACAGUAUGACAGACUGAUCAACGAGCCAAGCAACGACUGGGACAUCUACUACUGGGCAACAGAGGCCCAGCCUGUACCUGAUGUGUACGCAGGUGAAAUCAUGGACCUACUGAAGGAGUUCACUAAGAACAAAGAUCAGGAACAAAGGCUGGACGCACCCAACCUGGAAUACCUGGACAAGGGGAGCCAGUGAAGCCUGGCUGACACAUCCCUCUCAGGGUGUUUUCACAUGUAGUCUUCUUUAAAAUAACUGAUCUCAGUCCUCUUUAAAGUGAACUCUGAGGGUAAAAAAAAUAAAAAGCUAAAGAUCUGU